CAAGCCUUUGAAAGAUACACGAAGACAAGUCUAGUCCACCGUCUUCUUUCCUCCUCUCUUCGCAUUUCUCACUUCGUUUUCACGUGCCUUUUACAUGCAAUCUAGGGCAAAAUGAAUCCCAGAACAAUAACAAAGCACAUUCCACAUUUUUCUUCUUCCUCUCCCUCUAAAAAAACCACUAGGCCAACUCUCCAAAACCCCAUCAUACCAAAGUCCCAAUAACCAUUGUCUCAAGCAAUUGUUGUCUACACCAUCUUUUUUUCACAUCUCUCCUUCAAGAACACAACAAAGAAGAUCAUCACCACCAUCAUCAUGUUGAAGCCACAGCUUCAUCAAUCCCAAUCUGCCUCCCCAACCUUGUUCCCCUUCAGCAAGCCAUUUAGCCAAGGCAAUGGUGGGAUCGCAGUUUUUCAGGUACGAUCCACGCUUGCGCUCCAAAAGAGCCGUAGAAGCGCUCGAGUGGGGCUUGCCUCGAGAAAGAUCAAAGCGAUAGCGAGCCCGAGCACUACCGAGAAGUUGCUUUCGGUUAAAGCGGUAGUGACCCUGAAACAGAGAGCCGAUGGGUUGUUCUCAGGAAUUGGGAUAAAGGGAUGGCUCGAUGAGAUUACUGACUUGGUGGGGAAAACCCUCCUCUUGGAGCUUGUUAGUGCAGAGCUUGACCCCGAGACGAGACAAGAGAAGGGGACGAUCAAAGGGUACGCGCGUAAGAAGAGCCAGAACGUGGAGGAGGUAACUUAUGAGUGCGAGUUUGAGGUCGGAGAGGAGUUCGGGGAGGUCGGGGCGAUUUUGGUGGAGAAUGAGCACCACAAGGAGAUGUACCUCAAGGACAUUGUCCUCGACGGGUUCGUGGGCGGUCCCCUUAGCAUCACAUGCGACUCAUGGGUUCACUCCAAGUUCGAUAACCCACAAAAGAGGGUCUUCUUCACCAAUAAGUGCUAUUUACCGAAGGAAACGCCAAGCGGGCUGAGGAGGCUCAGAGAGGAGGAGCUAGCGAUCCUACGAGGGAACGGCCAAGGCGAGAGAGAGUCGUACGAGAGGAUAUACAAUUACGAUGUGUACAACGACCUCGGGAAUCCGGACAGCGGUGCGGAUAAGAAGAGACCAGUGCUUGGUGGCAAAGAGCUUCCGUACCCCAGACGGUGCCGGACCGGGCGCCCUCGGUGCAGGACCGAUCCACAGUCGGAAUCGAGGAGCGGGAGCAUAUACGUGCCUCGAGACGAACAGUUCUCGACGAUAAAGAGCUUGACGUUCUCGACGAAGACAGUGUAUUCGGUGGUGCACGCUCUGGUGCCGUCGCUAGAGACGGCGAUAGUCGACGCUGACCUGGGGUUCCCCUUCUUCACAGCCAUCGACCAGCUCUUCAACGAAGGCAUCAACUUGCCCCCGUUGCGGAAGCAAGGCUUCCUCAAGGACCUCUUCCCUCGGCUCGUCAAGACCGUCACCGAUGCCUCCCAAGAUAUCUUGCGGUUCGAAACACCUGAAACCAUGGAACGAGAUAGAUUCUUUUGGUUUAAUGAUGAAGAGUUCGCGCGUCAAACCCUAGCGGGAAUCAACCCCUACACGAUCCAGUUGGUCACGGAAUGGCCUUUGAAGAGCAAGCUUGACCCUAAGAUUUAUGGUCCGCCCAAAUCGGUCAUCACGACAGAGAUCGUCGAAAUAGAAAUCAAAGGCUUCAUGACAAUUGAAGAGGCCAUAAAGCAAAAGAAGCUGUUCAUGCUGGACUACCACGACCUGUUCCUACCGUACGUGAACAAAGUGAGGCAACUCAAGGGGACAACCCUGUACGGGUCGAGGACCCUCUUCUUCUUGACCCCAGAUGAGACAUUGAAACCGCUUGCCAUUGAGCUCACCCGGCCGCCGACCGAAGACGGGAAGCCGCAAUGGAAGCAGGUGUUCACCCCAUUUUGCCACUCAACUAGCAUGUGGCUCUGGCGGCUCGCCAAGGCCCAUGUCCUCGCCCACGACUCUGGAUACCACCAGCUCGUCAGCCACUGGUUGCGGACUCAUUGUGCCACGGAACCCUACAUUAUAGCAGCAAAUCGGCAACUGAGCGAGAUGCACCCAAUCUACAAGCUGUUGCACCCGCACUUCCGGUACACGAUGGAGAUCAAUGCGCUGGCUCGCGGGUAUCUCGUCAACGGUGAGGGCAUCAUUGAGAGCUCCUUCUCUCCCGGCAAGUUUUCCAUGGAGCUCAGCGCCGUCGCCUAUGACAAGCAGUGGCAAUUCGACUUACAAGCCUUGCCCAAUGACUUGAUUAGCAGGGGGUUGGCAGUGGAGGACCCGACGGCACCGCACGGCCUCAAGCUAGCGAUCGAGGACUACCCCUUCGCUAACGACGGCCUCCUCUUGUGGGACACCAUCAAGGAGUGGGUCACCGACUAUGUCAACCACUACUACCCUGACCCGAGCCGCAUUGCGUCAGACAAGGAGCUGCAAUCCUGGUGGACCGAGAUCCGGACCGUCGGCCAUGGCGACAAGAAAGACUCCCCCGGGUGGCCUGACCUCAAGACCCCGUCCGACCUCAUCCACAUUAUCACCACCAUGGUCUGGGUCGCCUCUGGCCACCACGCUGCCGUCAACUUCGGCCAGUACACCUACGCCGGCUACUUCCCGAACCGGCCCACCAUUGCCCGAACCAAGAUGCCCGUCGAGGACCCGAUCGAAGAAGAGCUCAAGAUGUUCUGGGAAAAGCCUGAGGGCGUGCUGCUCAAGUGCUUCCCGUCGCAGAUACAGGCGACGAAGGUGAUGGCGAUCCUUGACGUGUUGUCAAACCACUCACCGGAUGAGGAGUACCUGGGACAAGAUCCGGAACCAGCGUGGAAAGAGGAGCCGGAGAUAAAAGCGGCGUUCGAGAGGUUCAGCGGGAGGCUGAAGGAGCUUGAGGGCAUCAUCGACGCGAGGAACACCGACCAAAGGUUCAAGAAUCGGAGCGGAGCCGGGAUCGUGCCGUAUGAGCUCUUGAAGCCGUUCUCCGAGCCCGGCGUGACAGGGAAGGGAGUUCCAUACAGCAUUUCCAUCUGAGCAAAUGACAUUCUUGUUCGUGGUGGCGGCCACAGUGGAUGCAGAGAAAAACCAUCUCUUUUUAUUUUGUAGAAGAAUAGGAUUGUGGUAUCCGCCGAUGAUAAUGUGAGCAUCCCAAUUUGUGGACAACAUUUUUUUCAAUUUCAGGAUCUAAUUUGUCAUUUGUUACCAAUAUCUAAUGGAAUUAUGAAUAAAGGAUUAAUUUCAGUUCUA